AUGGUUGUCGAAUGUGAGCUGGUGGCAGCAGGACAAUUAUUGUUGGUAUUUAUUGAGGUGUACCUCAAUGAUGAACUGUAUGAAAAAUAUGGAUCAGAAAUUAUCACUGGAAGCGCUAGAGGAGAUAUAGUUUUAAUCCCGAGAAUUAAAAAAAUUCCAACUGAUUAUCCCUUUGAAUUAAAAGGAAUACAAUUCCCUCUCAAAGUUUGCUUUGUUAUAACUAUUAAUAAGUCUCAAGGACAAUCAUUGAGCAUGACAGGGAUUGACUUGAGAGAAGAAUGUUUUUCACAUGGACAGUUCUAUAUCACAUGUUCUAGAGUAAGCUCUGCCAGUAGUUUGGUUAUUUUAGCCCCAAAAGGCAGUACCAAAAAUACUGUUUAUAAAGAGUUAUUGAGAUGA